UGGUGUUAAGGGUUUUAAAGACGACGUUUUAUUAAGUAGCCGUCCUUUCUUUAAAUUUGCAAGUGUGUAUCGAUUCCAAGGGUGACGAAAAUGGGUUUUCUAUGCGUAUCCAACUUUGUGAGUAAAGAAACCAAAAUUCUUUUAAUCCGCUUAUCUUUGUUUUGGGGUUUUCUCUACGGCGGUGCUUUCCUCUUCAAGAUGAUAGAAGACAAAGCGACGAAAGAAGAGAUCAAGAAAAAUACAGUUGAAAUGGAAAUUUUGAAGAAUAUGGCGAUAGACAAGUACAAUAUGACAGAUGAUGAAUUUGACAUACUCGUCAACAAAUUGAAGACAAAGGCAUGUGCAAAUUUGCCGGAAUGGAGCUUUAAACAUGCCACCAGCUUUACACUGCAGCUUUUGACUACAAUUGGUUAUGGAAACAUCACGCCAAGAACCUCUACUGGACAGAUCAUUACCAUUGUCUUUGCCAUUUUUGGUAUACCUCUAACGGUUCUGACGCUGAAGUCCAUUGGCGAGGGAUAUAACAGGCUGGUCAAAUGCCUCAUAACAAAGCUCGAAAGCUGUUUCUGUAGAAGGCAAAAUGAGAUUCAAAACCUUGAGCUGAAGGUCCUGUUGGGUAAUAUCUUUGUGCUUACAACCAUUGUGUUCUCUGUAGCAGCAGAAUCACAAGCACAGGACGGAUGGAGUAUUAGGCAGGGUGCGUAUGUAUGGUUUAUCACCCUGACUACAGUGGGAUUCGGAGAUUUUGUACCAAAAACGAUGAUGGAAUAUCAACCCAGCGGCUGGAUUAUCCCUGGAUUGUGUUUCAUGGCUGCGGUUGUCGAUUCCGUGGUUGAAUUUGUUAACAAGGCUGAUUUCCAGCUUAACCGUGACAACAGCAAAUGCCUUUGCUGCAACAAUUCCCCUCAGUCUGCUCAAGUGGAAGAUGAUGGUACUAAGAAGCUCUCUUCCAAUGAUUUGGAAAUCAAAGGGGCUCAUCAUCAAAGACGGGAUGCAAACUCAGCAAGAGAUACAAAAUUUUAAAUAACUGACUUAAAAUAACUUUAGUACUGCUUAAUUCAUUGACGUGUUGGCGGGUACGUAUCACUGCCCAGUGUAGGAAAACUGAAAUUAGAACUUCUGAUGCGUAAUUUAUUGGCGUGAUUAAAAGAGAAACACGGAGUUCAAUAUGGGUUUGGAGCUGGGAAGCAAAUUAUGGUGGCCGGAAAAUAGUGUUAAUAGUUAUCUAAUGUCAACUCUCACCUAAAAGUUCUUAUUCAACUAUUAGUGGCUUCUCAGUAUGGGGUUUAAAAAGUUCAAUCUGUAAUAUUACGUAUCUUACUUGCCUUUGUGCCUGCUAUUUCAAAGUUAGGCACCCCCUCACCAAAAAAAGAAAAAAAAGGAAAAAAAAAGAAACAAAAAAGGGAAAAGCUUCAUCCGUUAAAAAUUUUCAAACGGUUGUUUAGAGAAAUGCUUUUUUGCUUUCGAGUAUCAAAAUCUAAUGGCCCUCUCACUUUUGGAUUUGCAUUGCUAUGUUGUAGUGUGAAACAAUGGCUAACAGAAAUUCACCUUGACAGACUUGAGUAAUAAUAAAUACAGCAACAGAAGCGAGGAUAUUGGUUGUAAUAGCCCAUAUUUUAUAUUUCUACUCCUAUUUUUGGCGAGAGUUUCGUUUCAGAGUUUGGUGUAAAAUAAAAUAUAGAUAUUUAGAUAUAUAGAUAAGGAGCAAAUCGACGGUUCAUGCUCUUUGUUGCCAAGAGUGUACUACACUAUCAGUUGACCAUUACAGGUUAGUUGCCAUGCAUGUCUAAGGACUAAAAUAGUUUAUUGAUAUCAUGGAUUUCAAAAUGUAGUAGUCAUCUAGGUCUUGAACACUAGAAGUUUGAAUACUCCUGUUAAGAUAUACAGAGACAUUGCGAUGGACUGGCAUCUCAUCCAGGGGGGAGUAGAAAUACUCCCAGUCGCUUCAUGCUACAGAAGCCGGAGUUAAGCACCGGCCUAAUGGGCCACUAAGCUCGUAAAUAAACUUUAUCUUUACCUUAUGAAGUGUAGCCGUGAGUGGUAAGUACUGUAGCAGCUGCUAAAUAACAAACUGCUUACAGCGCAUAAGACUUAUGCCUAUGAAUUAUCAUAGAUUUUUUUCUAAUAUUCAUUUUUGUCUCGGCCACCAUUAUCUACUGUAUUGGUUGAAAUAUAGAAAUCCAUCUUCGAUACAUAUGCAGCUGUUGACGGUUCUUAUGGUGGAACCAUAUUACCCGCCUGCUACAGCUAGUGUGUUACCGAGCUAUUAAUAAUUUUCCCAUUAAGUGAUGAAGACAGAAUUUUGUAGCUGGUGUAAAAACACAGUAACCAGGUACGACUGUAAAAUCUGAUUGAGAGACUCGAGUCUGGCAAUACCCGGAUUAAUUGUAAAGGAAACAUCUACUGAACAGUGAAAUUAAGUUUCUUUUUGUUUCUUUAAUCAUUCCUUUUCUUAAACUAAACUGAUGGCUCUUGUAAGCCUUCUAUA